AUGUUCACGACAUUCACGGGCAACUCCCGCCGACCACGGCAAGUGAACCUCUCAGGCCGCACCAACAACCCCUUCGCCGCAUAUCCAUCCGGAAGACAAAACCCCCACGGCCCCGGACCACAGAGCACUCUUGCGAUCGCACAGCAGGAGAGACAGCUACGUCAGCUCGAACGAGAUCGGUUAGGGGCGAGCCGCGUCGUGCAACGGACAUGGAGGGGCUAUUGGAGCAGGAAGAUAAUGCGAGGGAAAUGGCGGGCAGAAUGGGACACUACCGAGACUGCAAGGACAGACUCGCUGCCUUCGUUCGAUGACAUGGCGAAGCAGCCGAGUUCCGCAGUGCAGCCAGCCGCUCCCUUUGAAUCUGCCGCGGCAUGCUUGUCUCAGUUACGCCUUUUGGUCCAAUUUAUCGAGCCUUGGAAUGGCGGUGACAUAGUUCGCUUGGUAUACUUUUCGGACGCGUUUCAGAAAACACUGCACGAGGUGCCGUCACUGGCAACGGAGGGCGAAUGGACAAUGCUUCUCAAGCGUCUGGCCGAGAUCACCUUGCGUGUCUUGCAGUCAGCAAGUUCACCAAAUGUGCCCGCAUACGCUGUCGGUCGGCUCCUACAGCUUCUAAAGUUCCUUACAGAUCUCAUUCCCAAGCAGAUGGCGCGUCUUGCACGGGAAUACUAUUCUACUAUGGCAGUCAUUACAAAUAAUCAUGAUUCAAUAUCGAGCCGGUCGCCUUUGUCUAAAUCCGACAUUGUUCAGAGUGUUCUUACUUUGCUAUUGCCAAUCACCUCUGAGACUCUUACUGCUUACGAGUGGUUCGCUAAAAGCUAUCUCACUAUCCCCAACUUGUUGGAAAAACUGGGAUCGCUAGAUUUUUUGGCGAAUAACAUUAACUAUAAAUUGUUGACAUCCGCACUGGCGCCGCUGCACCUUGCUCAGAGCCAAGACUCGGACGCCGUCGAAUCUCGACUUUGGUUGCUUGCUUAUUUCAUCUUCUUCCACAGAUAUGCUUUAGGGAGCCAGACCACGAACCACACCCCGGAGCUUGGUUUUGUAAAGGUCGUUUCGGGGCUGCUGAAUUCCACAGUGCUGCAGAUUUCCCGGCGCUUGGAGGCGGAAGACUCUGCCGAUGUUGAUGAAGAUAACAGAGAUGCAUAUCUGCAUCCGUUUAUAAGGGAUCAACUGUUCAGCCUGGUUAAUCAAACAAGCAUAACUGGUCUGCUCUCACAAUUGCAGCCAACUCAUAUUUCGCAAACUGAGCUCGCGAGUACCGGCUCCGGCGCCUCGACAGAAGCUAAAGACCUGGCCCAUUAUGCCUUGACGCUUCUGAGAGUUUUCCCUCGGCGGGGCGAUGAUAUCCGCAUGUGGUUAUACCUGGGAUCGGCCACCCUGGGUGAUCGUGCUGCGGGACCAGAAUCUCGAAUUCCAGCUAUCAAGUACUUCUGGCAGGCAUCUCGCUCUAGCAAAGUGUUUGAUGCUAUCAAACAGGACUCGACGAAGGUAUUGCCCUUGUUGAAGCCAGUUGACUCGAGCUCUGGACCGACAGAUCUUUCUCAAGAAGACAGAGACCAAGAAUGGACCAUUAUUCUUCUUUUUCUCGAGUUGUACACUUUCGUACUAAAGGUUAUGGAUGAUGAUGAAUUUUUUUCUGGCGGUUCUUCUUUUACUGCCUCCUCGAACAUACGUUUAUCGUGGACCAGGGAGAGCGCGCUUCCUCUAAAUGACGUCAAGGAAAUGACAGUUUUCCUCAAAAACCUCGCAUUCACUCUAUACUGGAACUCGGCAGACUUGACAGAGAAUGAGCUGGUUCAAGUUGCUGGGGGCAUCCGGAAUUACUUUAGCUCAACAACUUCACAGCUUGAUACGCUGGCAAGUGUCAGGGAUUUUGAGAACAAGAACAAAGAGAAAGGCCUGCCUGGGGUGACUGGUAUCCCGCUAGACUAUUUUAAGGGUCUUGUAACUGGCCUCUUAAGGAUGGUCCAUGAACGCGAUUCACGGCGUAAAUUCCUUCCCGAUGGGCACUGGCUGAUGACUAGUCGAUUUGAUAUGGAAGGGUUCAUUCCCGCUGUCGUUGCUGAGGAGGAGAGCAGGCACCAGCUUCAGGACGAUGAUGAAGAAGAUACUGACGAUUUGAUGACCGACGCUUACGACGAGGAGCCGUCACUCGGUCUCGUGGGCACAGGUCGUGCCCAACAAGCGCGGCGAAUUGAGGCUCUCAGACGCCGCCAACAACAAGCUGCUCGCCGAAAACAGCUGGAAGCCGUGGCCCCACGAUUGGAAAUUCUGAAGAAUAUGCCAUUCUUCAUUCCUUUUGCCACACGGGUACAGAUAUUCCGCGAGUUCAUUUACCGCGACCAAAUGCGCCGAAGGCACGGAUUUAUCGACCCCGAUUCGUGGCGAAUGUCAGUGGCGCAGGCUUCCAUGGGCCGCCUGACUGAUAUGCGCUCAACGAUGCAGGAUAUCCUCAGCCGCCAUCACGCCAAUAUCCGCCGUGAAAGUUUGUUCGAUGACGCGUUCGACCAAUUCUAUGAGCUCGGAGAGGGUCUGAAGGAGCCAAUUCAGAUCACUUUCAUCGACAAGUUCAACGCUCCAGAAGCAGGCAUUGACGGCGGCGGUGUUACGAAGGAAUUCCUGACCAGUGUAACUAACGAAGCGUUUAAAUCCACAGUUGGUCUACGCUUGUUCGAGGAGAACGAUCAACACUUGCUGUAUCCCAGCCCGGUCGCUGUCGAACAACGGAAGGAGAAUCUGCGGCAGCUUGGAUUGAAGGAGAACACUCCGGAGUGGAAUGAUCAGGUUCGUGACUUACUCAGGCGCUAUGAGUUCUUAGGGCGUGUAAUUGGAAAGUGUCUCUACGAAGGCAUUCUGGUGGAUGUUAGUUUCGCGCCGUUCUUCCUGCUAAAGUGGGCAUUGACGGGCGGAACGGGUUCCGCUCAACGCGAGACGGCAUAUCGAGCCAACCUCAACGACUUGAAGGACCUGGACUCAGGUCUCUAUCAAGGUUUGUUACAAUUGAAGAAUUAUCCCGGGGACGUUGAAGACUUCUCUUUGAAUUUCACCGUUACGGACACUAUACCGUUGCCCGACGGAGGCAGUCGCACAAUCACUCGGGACCUGAAGAGCAACGGCUCCGAUACAGCUGUCACAAACCAGAACCGUCUGGUGUAUAUCUCGUAUAUCGCUCGCUACCGGCUUCAAGUCCAGCCUGCUUUGCAAACAAAUGCUUUCCUGCAAGGCUUGGGGCAGAUCAUCCAACCAUCUUGGCUAUCAAUGUUUAAUCAGUCUGAGUUGCAAACACUUGUUAGUGGCGAGUCUGGCGACAUUGAUGUUCAAGACCUCCGACGGAACACAUUAUACGGUGGGGUGUAUACCAUAGGGGACGACAAAGAAGAACACCCAACAAUUAAGCUAUUUUGGGAGGUGCUGGAGCAGAUGACGAAUGAGGAGCGGCGAAAGGUGCUUCGCUUUGUGACUUCGACUCCACGUGCUCCAUUGUUGGGAUUCAGUCAUUUGAAUCCAAGAUUCAGCAUCCGGGACUCGAGCGAGGACGACCAGCGGCUUCCCAGUACGAGUACCUGUGUGAAUUUGUUGAAACUGCCGCGAUAUAAGAGUGCGAGCACUCUGCGGGAGAAGCUGCUGUAUGCGGUGAAUUCUGGGGCAGGGUUUGACCUGAGUUAG